AUGACUUCUCCUACCAAACCAUUCCAAGGAGAUAAAGUCCGCAGAUACUUCGCUCAGCUCUCCGGUCAGGCGAAAAAGGACGCCAUCUACAAGUUUCUCAAGCGGUACAGCAAACGUGUACAAGAAUUCCUCAACAUGAUCGAACCGGAACCCGAGCCCAAUCUCGCUCAAAAACUCCUAACAAGUGUCUCCGAGAGUGAUCGUUCGAUCAUAUCGGACCAGCAAGCGACUACUGAGGCCAUUUCACCAACGCCGGAGCUCACUAACAACUCAUCUUCUGACCCUCCUGCAGCAGAACAUUUGCGACUUGCCUUUGAAGGUUUAUCCUUAGGUUCUUCGGAAGCUGCGGUCAUCAGGAAGAGAGCUCGGUCGCAAUACGUUGACGACGAUGAGGCAGAUGGUCAACCUGCUGCCAAGCGCCGCAAGCGUUUCCACGGUGGUUCAUCUCAUUGUCUUUAA